AUGCAGCCGUUUCCCUGUCUGCCGGCACGCAGCGUGUUCAGCCAAUCACAGCUGGCCGCCCCUCUGACGGUCGCCCUCGCUAAACGCGGCUUCCUGAUCGCCUGUCAGCCUCUCGCCAGCAGAAUGUGCCCCGCAGAUCUGCCCUCCCUGCUGCUGCUGCAUCUCCUCCUCAUCGCAGGUUCGGCAGACUCUCUCGCCGUAUCCGCCAACCGCUCGCAUGUGACGGGAUACGAGAAAACCUCCAUCACCCUCUCGGUGUCCUACAACAUCUCCGAGCCCACCGCCUUCCUGCAGAUCCGCUGGCUGUUCCACAAGCCCCCCCCCAAAAUACUGGCCAUGUGCACCAUCACGUCGGGACAAAUCCAGCACUACACAGCCGAGGGCUACGAGCAACGCGUGCGAAUAGUCCCGGAGACCGGGUCGCUGGUCAUUAACCGCCUGCAGAAGAGUGACAGCGGACUGUAUCAACUACUAAUACAUGAUCGGUCAUCUAUCAACAUCACCGUCGAGGUGCUCGGCUUUUAUAACUGGAGCGAGGCGACCGAUGAGCCACCAAAGUCCAGUCCUUGCAUCUGUAGCUCUGCCGGUUUAGAUCUCUCCACCUCGGCCUGGAUCUUCCUGGGCAGCCGUCUGUCCUCCGUCAUCAUCGCUCUGUCUGUCCUCUGCGGCCUCCAUUUAUUCCACAAGAAACCGAAGCCAUACGAGAGGAGGAGGAGGGUGACCCCCGACAGCCGUUAUUAAAGAGAAUUAUCUUUUAUACUUUUCAUAUUAUUAUACUUUUUAUAGUUAGAAAUUGAAGCCAUCAGGGUGGUGACGCCUCCAUACCGCGUGUAGAUGGCCGGGGGGGGGGGGUAGAUUAAGGAUUAUUACCGUAUUUGCUCGAUUAUAAGACGACCCUGAUUAUAAGACGACCCCCCAAAUCUUAAUAUUAAUUUAGGAAAAAAAGAAAAAGCCUGAAUAUAAGACGACCCUGUAG